GUAACGGAGACCUUCGCCGGCAUCGCGCUGCCUGGGCACCUCCACACCUCAGAGUCCCUGCAGUUUGCCACCAACUUCCUCUUCCGUGACACCGAUGUGGUCAUCGUCACCUACCCCAAGUCAGUGUCACGCCAUGUUGCACCAAGCCGUGCCGUGCCGUGCUGCGGUGCCCCGUGCAGGGUGGGGGUGCCCUGACGGCAACCUCCCCAGGCACCACGUGGAUGCAGGAGAUCCUGACACUGCUGUACAGCGGUGGGGACGCGCAGCCAGCCAAGACCAUCCCCAACUGGGAGCGGGCGCCCUGGCUGGAGCAGAUCCACUUCCGCAGCUCGCUGCAGGACACAGCCACGCACCGCCUCAUCACCAGCCACCUGCCUGCCCGCGUGCUGGGCCCUCGGCUGCAGGGCAGCAAGGCCAAGGUGAUCUACGUGGCCAGGAACCCCAAGGAUGUGGUGGUCUCUUAUUACCACUUCCACCGCCUGGCCAAGUUCCUGCCCGACCCCGUUUCCUUUGACGCCUUCCUCCAGCAGUUCCUAGAGGGUAAAGUGCACUACGGCUCAUGGUUUGAGCAUGUCAAGGGCUGGCUGGCUCAGCGGCAGCUCCUCGACAUCAUCUACAUCACCUAUGAGGAGCUGCACGAGGACCUGCGUGGCACAGCGCAGCGCCUCAGCGCAUUCCUGGGCAUUACGCUGGAGCCGCAGACGCUGUUGGCGCUGGAGCAGCACUGCAGCUUCGCAGCCAUGCGGGACAACGCCAUGGCCAACUACACCCUGAUCCCCCGCGAGAUCAUGGACCACAGCCAGGGCCGCUUCAUGCGCAAAGGCGUGGUGGGCGACUGGCGCUCCCACUUCUCACCGCCGCAAAACGCCCUCUUUGACCGCGUGUACCACGAGGAGAUGCACGACAGCGAGCUGAGCGCCCACUGGGCCAUGGUGUGAGGGACGGGCAGCCUGCACAGCACACAGAGUGUCCCUGGGAUGGGGAGCAGCGGCUCCGUGCUCCGUGGUGGGGCGGCUCCCGGCUGAGCGCCGCCGCCGUCCCCAAGGCUGCCGUCCCCCGGUGGCUGUGACCCCCGACCCCUCACUUCCUGCAGCGCGGUGGGGAACGUGGCCCCGCUUGGGAAAGAAUAAAUAUUUAUUGUCA